GGAUGUGGGACAGCUAAAAUUCAGGAGUGCACAAUUAUCACAAAGCGAAAUUUUCAUCUAUGCAUCAACUCAAAAAUUCGACUUUUUUUGUCUGUUUCGGAGGCGAUGCCCAUCGUGCGGCUUGAAGUAAGCGCGAGCGAAAAUAAAGAUCGCGGGUCUGUACGUAUAUAAUUUGAGAUUUAUUUGCGCUCAAUUUUCACCUGAAACUAACAACUCUAGCGCAUUCGGCUAUGCAUGAGACAACACUCGGGGCCGCGCCAGCCGUCCGGGCGGAAGAGGGUGGUCGCCCUGAUCUAUCUAUCCCACAGGAAAAACCAGGCAGGGCAUACAACCUGUGAUGCAAAAAUAGAUAUACUUACACAAAAUCUCAUCUCAUGCGUGUCUUCAGCAGCAUGUUAUAUGUAGUGAGGUCACCGAACGGUUCUAACCAGGGAGUUUUUUUGACACCUCCCGUGAAAAACGACCGGCAGUCUUCAAGCGGCCGGAAGUGUUUUUGAGCAUAAAAAGUUUUCACUUAUCAAGCGGCCGGGGCGUUUGCGGCAAACAAGCCCGGUCGAAAACUAUCGAUUCGCACUUGAUAAAACGACGCAGGGGAGCCGGCAAAAGGGGCGCCCUUCUGAGGCGCCCGCCGCCUUAGUUCCUGGCGAUUUGGGGCGCCCAAAAAAGGGCGCGCAAAAAACGCGCCCAAAAUCAGAACAGCGAAACAGCUCGGCACGGCCGCGAUUUCGGAGCAUUUUGGGCGGCCGCGAAAGCGGCCGCCUUUUCGCCGGUUUUAGAGCCUGGGAAGCUUUGCAAAAAGCGCCGGCGUGAAAAAUAAAUACGCGAAAAAUAAAAAGCGCGCCAGACGCGCAAAGCCAAUCCGCAUGCUAUGGGCCCGGUUUUUCUUCGCUUUCUGGGCGGCCCCCGUGGCACCCGGAUCGGCCCCAUAGCAUCGGGGCUGGCUUUCGGAAAGUAAUUUUGGAAAUGUGCCAAAAUUUGCAACGUUUCCCAAGUGGCCAUCAUACCGUGCGGCAUAACGUUACUCACGGUGGUAUGGCGAACCCAUAAAAAGCAAAGCCGCGGCCAAGGCUGCGGUCGGCAAAAAAACGCCCAGGACCUCACUACCCCCGCCCCAGCGGCUAUAUUUGGUACAUAUAGGGUCGCCCAUGACAAGAUUUUUCUGUGAGUUUAUUUUUGCAUCACAAAUAAUGAUAUGCCCUGGCGCCUGUUUUUUUCUGUGGGAUACUACCGGGUGGCGGCCAGCCGGAUCGCGGACGAGUGUAGUAGCACCGGCCUGGAGCGAGGAAAAAAUACGAAGGGCACCAAGACCAGCUAUACUGAUGAGGCGACCACCAAUAAUGACAUCCACGAUGUGGCGGUGCAGGCGCUGAAAGAGACCAGAACAUUCCUCGACCGAAUCAAUGUCGUGCUGAAAAACCAUUUAGAAGUCAGCAGCACGACACCUGGAGUUAUUUUUCCGCUUGUUUAUUCAUCCCACAGUGUAGUGGAUGAAGGCGCGGCUGCCUCAUUGCUGCGUGCGGUGGGUAGUGGUUGUCCUUCUGGGAAUGGAACAAAAUCGUCGUCGGGACCACCGCCGAGCUGCUCGGAAGAUGAGGCCAGCGUGCUGAAUGCGGUCUUGGAGGAAGAAGGCGGUGAAACGAGCAGUACAUGCGUUGUUUACCUCCCUUUUCGCUGUAGUCUAAUUUUAUUUGCUGUGUAAUAAGUAUUUUUAGCUUGUCAGAAGUCGCGGCGCAUAAGAAGGACCACCUAGUUUUUGCUUAUACAGUGCCGAACAAGCUUGCCAUUGUUUUUCUUUUUGCCGUUUUAGUUCAUGGUGGUUCAUCAUCCCGCUCCUGCGCAUCGAAUGACGUCCAUGCAAUUACUUUUACCCAUAAUUCAUCUUAUCACUAUCAGACGAUGACGGGCCGCUGCAAACUAGUCCCGGGGUGUACGCCGGCACGUUCGCAGCCUGUACGCGAGCUUUGCGGCGGUGGUAAAGAGUUUAUUUUCUACGUUAUGAUAUGAGAAUCAUAAUCAACAAUACUCAAUCUCAUGGCCAUGUCUUUGUCUCCCACCUGCAUGGAGUUGUUCCAAUUGGACCCGCAUGUACGAGAGCAGGUGCGAAGAUCUUGGUCUGCCAAAAUAUUAUCAGCGCCGCCAGCAGCCGGGGGGGAUCUUCGUCUACGGCGGCCGCGGGCGGCAGACUACUGUCGAAUUACACCAGUGUGUCCUCGUCGCCACCCGUGCGCCGUGGCAUUUUCGACCCCCGCGAAGAGGUGAGUCCCUUUGUGCGGAGGCGGAAGCUGCCGCCGCUGCAGAAUGUCGGUAGCUCCUCGUCGUCGGGCCCUCGCAAAACUGCAGCACAGCGCAACAGCAAAUUUUCCACUUCCCCCGUCAGUCCCGAAGAACGCGGUGCGAGCGGUACAACUGGGCCGCGUGGCUAG